CAUAAAAUAUUGAUGCCUCACGGUGGGCCGCAAUGGCUCUCAGCAGCAUCCGCGCCGGCUCCAAAUCCCCCCAGCACUCGCCCGAAUCCGCGCCAAGAUAUUAACGACGACAUUCUCGGCACGUUUCUGGAUUUUCGUGCGGAGGUCUAGCGGGAAUGCGCCGGCUCUUUCAGCGGGGGAAAACCGGAAAUACCGGGUGUGACGCGCCCGCUCAUCUAAAUUCGUGCACCUUGGAGCCAGAGCCGGACAGCAAGAUGGCGACAGUUAUAGGAGACAAAAUGUCGGACGCGGAGUACAGAGAAAAGCUAAUACGGACCGUCAAAAAGGAGGUGAAGCAGAUAAUGGAAGAGGCAGUGACCAGAAAAUUUGUCCACGAAGACAGCGGACACAUAAUUGCUCUCUGUGCUGCUGUGGAAGCCUGCCUCCUCCAUGGGCUGAAGAAAAGGACCAUCUCCUUCCUGAGCGGCAACACGGCAGCAGCCCUCAUCACCAAGGUGGGGAAGGACUUCCAGCCGGCUGCCGACCUCACCAAGAAGUGUCAGGAGAUCGAGCUGGAAAAUGAGAAAAAGAGACUAGCCAACCUGGGGAUCACAAACAUCGGGAACGAACUACUGAAGAGACAGAACAGCUUCACGGGAAGCGCACAGGCCCAGAACAAGUACCUCUGGUCCCGCAUGGCACUGUACACCAAAGUACUGGCCAGGAUUGUCGAAUACCUGACUGAAAAUAGCAGUAAAUACUAUGAAAGUAAUGCGUUACUAGCAGACCCUGUGGAAGGAACCAUCUUAGCAUCUUUACUUGUUGGCCCCUGUGCUCUUGACUUCUCCAAAGUGAAGACCCCGGAUCACUACUGGACAGACCCCACUGCAGACGAGCUGGUCCAGAGACACAGAAUACCCAACCAAGCCAACCUCAACGGGCCCCCCUCCCCCAACAGAAGACCUCAUCUCAAGAUAAUUCGGAUGGGUUCAGGCGGACCGGACGACUUUGCCAGCCGGCUGCCGGUGUCUCCCAGAGACUAUGUGGAAUCCCUGCACCAAAACUCCAGAACUACUCUCCUGUACGGCAAGAACAACGUCCUGGUGCAGCCCAAGGAAGACAUGGAGCCCGUGCCAGGCUACCUCUCCCUGCACCAGACAGCCGACAACCUCACCAUCAAGUGGACACCCAACCAGCUCAUGAACGGCAGUAUAGACAGCACAGAGGGUGACGCAGACAGAAGCAUCUACUGGGAUUAUGCAGUUAACAUCAACUUAGAUGAGGUGGUAUACCUACAUUGUCAUCAACAACCGGACAGUGGUGGAACUAUAGUGCUGGUGGGACAGGACGGGGUCCAGAGACCCCCCAUCCACUUCCCGAAGGGCGGCCACCUGCUGGCGUUCCUGUCCUGUCUGGAGAACGGGCUGCUUCCCCACGGCCAGCUGGACCCACCGCUCUGGUCACAGCGCGGCAAGGGAAAGCAGGUGUUUCCUAGGCUGCGGAAAAGAGGGGCAGCAAGCACCAGACAGGUGACGAUCCACAAAGCUGACAGUAAGGAGGGGGAGGGAGGGGAGAGCACCACAGAAGAGGAGGCCACAGAUUAUGUCUUCAGAAUUCUCACAGCUUACAAACCUGAAGUUUCCAUUGACCUGAUGGACCCAAAGUUCACGCGGCCGCUGUCCUGGUCGUCCAAACCGCUGGUGAGACGGACGUCCUCAGGCAGCUCACAGAUGUCCCCGCCGUACCAGCCCACCACUGCACAGGUCUACGCUCCACGCAGACAGUCCACAGACUCGGAGGGGUUAAACAGUACAGGCUCUCCUUCCAGACAAUCGUCGUUAGAUUCAGACCCUGGUGAUUUCCUGAACAUAAGUGCCCGGCUGAGAACGUCGUUGAAGCUGCUGUGUGACACCAUGAAAAAACAGAUCAUCUCAAGAGCCUUCUAUGGAUGGUUGGCUCACUGUCGGCACCUGAGAACAGUGCGAACCCACCUGUCAGGACUGGUGCACAACAAGAUCGUGUCUCAGGACCGGCCCAUGGACGCCACCUUCGGCCUGACGGGAGACAUGUGGUGGAGCAUGCACGAGGAUGGGCAGGUGAAUGAUGAAGAAGAGAUCUACAGACUGGUGUACUUUGGAGGCUGUGACCAUGAGAUCAGGGCAGAGGUUUGGCCGUACCUACUUGGCCACUACAACUUCGGAGACACGGAUGAGGAGAGAAAAGGAAAAGACGACCUGGCACAUUCGCAGUACGAGAACAUCAUGUCAGACUGGAUGGCAGUGGAGGCCAUCAUCAGACAGAGAGACAAGGAGGCACAGGCUGCCAGUAUUGCUAAACUGUCGUCAGGAAGCAGUAUCGACAGCCAGGCCUACAAACUGUACAGUCAGGACUCAACUAUGAGUAAUGAUCAUUCAAGCAGUAGAGAUUCAUUAAUAGAUGAUGAAAUUCUGCAAAAGGCUGCUGGAAGCUACUACGAGAUUAGUGGCAAUGUUGUUUUGGUGUUUGAAGAUGAUGAGGGCAAUCACGAGACGUCUCGAAGAAAGAAGGACAGCGUGGACUCUGCCUCUGAAAGCCCAGAAUUCUUACAAGGCAUCAACCACGCCGUGGAACUCCCUAAGGGUCUGAGUGUCAGCUCUGGUCAGGACAAAAUUGACGAGGGAAUCGGGAGCUCAUGCAGCACGUACGACCGCGACAGCGUGGACUACGCCAGCCGCAUGAGCGUCAACGACAAGGACCUCGGAGACGAGAACGAGAACAGGAAGAUCAGAAGAAGCCACGAGAUGAUCAACAUCGACAGACAAGCCACGGUGGAUGAGGAGGAUGAGGACGACCAGAGAGACCAGGAGAUCUCAGCGUGUAUGAACGAGCAGGAAACACUGGCGGUGGAGCCCAUGGACCGGAACCCUUCUCCUGAGUCCACACAGGGAUGUGACUAUGAUACAAAACUGUUGGACAGCUAUGGGCUGAACCUGCACCGUAUAGACAAGGAUGUGGCGCGGUGUGACAGGAACUAUCCCUACUUCACACCUAUCAACCUGGAGAAACUACGGAACAUCAUGUGCACGUAUGUUUGGGAACACAUGGAGGUGGGGUAUGUACAGGGGAUGUGUGACCUGGCAGCACCUCUACUGGUCAUCCUGGAUGAUGAGGCGAAGACCUACAGUUGUUUCUGUCAGCUGAUGAAGAGAAUGUCUCAGAACUUCCCCCACGGUGGAGCCAUGGACACACACUUUGCCAACAUGAGAUCUCUUAUACAGAUUCUGGACUCUGAGAUGUUUGAGCUGAUGCAUCAGAACGGGGACUACACCCACUUCUACUUCUGCUACAGAUGGUUCCUGCUGGACUUCAAGAGAGAGUUGUUGUACGAGGAUGUGUUCUCUGUGUGGGAGACCAUCUGGACGGCCCGACCGCUGGCCUCGGAACACUUUGUGCUGUUCAUCGCGCUGGCUCUGGUGGAGUAUUACAGGGACAUCAUCCUGGAUAACAGUAUGGACUUCACUGAUAUCAUCAAGUUCUUCAACGAAAUGGCAGAGAGACACGAUGCCAAAGCUGUUCUGAAGAGGGCACGAGAACUGGUGUUUGAACUGCAGAGUCUUAUAGAGAACAAGUAGAACUUCAAAUUUGUGUGGUCUGCGGAACAAGCCAAAGUCUCAUACCCACCAAAACACAGACUGCCAACAUAGGAGGAAAGAUGAUCGUAUUGUACACGAAAUACAUGACAUAAAUGACUGUUUGCUUUUGUUGUAAGCCAUAACCUUGAUUAUUGAGGGAGACAAAAGGAAAAAUUACUGUUCACUUUGGCACCACCUCAAUUCUUUUUUUUAGUAAAAGGCACCAGUCCAUACAAUAUGUCUUCUUUGUGACAAGGUAGGGCUACAAACAUGGGUUUAUUGCAGUGACAAUUUCAUUCAUGAAAAUGAACAGAAGUUAAUACCAACUAGAUGAGUGAUGUUAUAACGUAAAAAAAACUAGACAUUGUGCCAUUUGAGUGAAUAGUAUUAUGCAUGAUCAUGUUUUAAGCCAAUGCUCAAUUCUUGAUCAACAUGAGAUUAACAAAUAUGGCCUCUACUCCUUCCAAGUUGCUGCUGGCUGAAGCUUGAUU